UAAUCGAUAACGGUCGAGCUUGACGCGAGAGAGAGGAGAGAGAGCGAGCGGAGAACACACAGAAGGGAGAAGGAAGAACCUGCGGCCAUGGGAAUCAAACUGUACUACACCACCGUCACUGCCUCGCGGACGGUGAAGUCUCAACAGGCAGAAGUGAUGCGAAUCCUUGAGAGUAAAAGCAUCCAGUACGAGCUCAUCGACAUCUCUGUGGGCAGGGAGGUGUGUGACGAGAUGAGAAGCAAAGCGGGGAACCCCGCGGCGGUUCCUCCCCAGCUGUUCAACGAAGACCAGUACUGCGGGGACUACGACAUGCUAUCCGAGGCGGUGGAAGCCGACACAGUGGACCAACUUCUGAAGCUGGCAUGAGGAAUGCGGAGUGUAACUCUGUCUUAACCCCCCCCCCGACACACACACACACACACACACACACAACCCUCAUGGAGGCCCUUCAUCCAGUCUCUUUCUGCACCACUGGCAGUAUCCACUCACUUUCAUUGCCAUAACGAAGAAUGCCAAAUAUCAAACUAAUCAGAAGACACACAUUCCCCCCCCUCCUGCACCAUUAGACUCAAUCUGUUUGUUUUUUCUUCUUCUUUCUGUUCUUUCCUUUCGAUUUACUUUUCUCACCAUCAACGGGGUGUCUAGGUGUGGGGUAAUUAGGUCGACCAAUCUUGCCCAAGAUCGCUGGAGGUUUAAAGUAACGUUUACCCCCAGAAUGUUCCGCAUCCUCUGCAGAACGAACGCACAAUCAUCUCUCAGUCUUAACUACUUCUGUCGUCCUUCUCUGUAGCCUUCAAGUUCCCGUGUUGUACUUGGCCGCAUGUUAUUUUAAUUUUAUUUUGCUUCACACGGAUGCAAAUGCACCGGGAAGUAGCGAGGACUGUAACGUCCUGAAGCCCCAUUAAUUAUGGAACUUAUAGCUGCUAAAAGAUGCUUUUUUGGCGUGAACAGCUUUUUUUUUUUUGUGUGUGUUGUUUCGGCCCGUUGGUCGCUUCAUGCAAUAUCUGAGAAACGGUUUGGUUCUAAAGUGGGAACCCACUGACGUCUUGUCCUCAUCCCACUUGUUUCAAGGGGACGAUGAUGCCAACAGAACUAAAAAUUAAAAAAAAGUAUAAAUGACUUCGAUCAAGCCACAAAUGUCUUAGAUACAUUUCCUUCCUUACAUUUGCAAAGACGAUUUAAAUAUAUAUAUUUUAAAUCGUGUAUUGUAGACGGUAGUUUGUGAUCGGUGUACUUUGCCAUUAGCCACAGUGUCUUAAAAAAAAAUAUAUAUAUAUAUAUAUAUAUAUAUAUAUAUAUAUUUAUAUUCCCAUGUAUAUUCCCAUGUAUUACUGCCUGAAAUAUCAGUAAAAAAAAUCAGACAUUUUCAAAUCGUACACAGUUGCUUUCAAGGUGCAGUGUGUAGGACUUGGCGCCAUCUAGUGGUGAGGUUUGCAAAUGGAAACCAACUAAAACUCUCCAAUGUGUCAGAGGCCGACUGCAAAGACAACAAAAAAAAGAUUCAGUAUUCCCCAACCAACAUGUUGUUCAGUGUGAAAAGAUUUAAACCUUCAUGAGAGAAAAUCCAAUUUACAGGAUAUAUAUAUAUAUAUAUAUAUGAUUAAAUAAAUAAUCCCAAUAAUGUCUGCACCCCUUUUAGAACCAAAUCCUCUCCUUAGAGAUGUCACGAUGGGUCACCAAUGCAAUAUAUAUAUAUAUAUAUAUAUAUAUAUAUAUAUAUAUAUAUAUAUAUAUAUAUAUAUAUAUAUAUAUAUCUCUGUAAUGUGGAUUUUCACUGUAGUAUUAACACUUACCGGCUGUCUUCUACGUUUUUCCGUAAGCUGCAUAACUUGGAAGCUUUGUUUCGGGCACCCAUGGGGGCUCCGUGUCUGUAAACACCCAGAAGGGAACGUUUCAUAUUGAUGAUGAGACUGGAAAAAGAUGUGAACUUUUUUUUUUUAGCUUUCAACCCCCGCAGCUUGUCAUCCCUCCGGCUUAUUCCACGUUACAGUUCCACAGGCCGUAGCGUGGCAUGAAGAUGCAGCAAUGCGACUAUGCACGGACACCCUGAACACGGACAUAAUGGUCUUACUCGCCUUAGGGGAACACUCGCUGCUAUGUAUGCACAUUAAUUCAGUUAUAAAUAUACAUCAUGUUCAUGUUUUUGAGUUACUUGUGUUGUUUUAUUAUCGAGAACUACAUAUUUUCCUUUUCUCACUCUUAACUUCUUUCAAAUCCCCCCCCCCCCCCCCCCCGGUAAAGACGGCCUUCACACACAAUGUUUGCGCACUGUUUUGUAAGUCAAUGUUCGCCUAUGUAUGUUCACUAUGAAUCAUGUUUUAGACAUUCCAUCUCUCUCUCUCUCUCUCUCUCUCUUCUGUUUUGCUUUUGGACCAACUCCCCUUGACCAAAAAAAAAAAGUAAAAAGAACAAUAGGGACUAAAAUGCUGUUGUCUUCCAAGAAGAUUGUGAAAAAAAAAUGAUUGUUGUCUGGAAUUUAUUUAUCCAUGGGACUACCAACAGCUUUAAAUAAAAAAUAAGUGUCUAAAUCAA